CGAUUCGUGCCGUGCGCGGCUGAUGAUUGUUGGCCCCCCCAAACUCUUGGUGGAAAGUGAACCUGUGGUCUAUUGUAUAAAUCAUUGGCUCAAUCACCAAAGGUCGAUCUUGGUAGACCUGUGGACAGUCCGUUGCAGAGGUAGAAGGUGCUGGCAACACGACAUCACGUCCGUAAGCGUGUACGUCGUCCGCACUGCCAAAUGGUACAAAUUGCACCGAUAACCUUACGGCCAGUGCCGUGCAGCGUGACAACCUUUAGCGUAGCGAACGGGCAGGGCCAAGGCACUUUGCAGCCAACCGAAGCGGCCAUCAAGUGCCGCGUCAGGGCAUGACGACGUCACGGGUUUGCAACUCCCGUAAUGUCCACCACUUGACUGUUGCUUGUCCAGCACGUCGGUGAGAUUGUUAGCACACACAAAAAAAUAUCACGCGGCACACACAUCGAAAGUCCCAAUCACAACUGGAAGGGCAACACAUUCAAUUAGCAAAGUGCAUUACAAACGACAAUAAAUCUCGGACCAGUUACAAAGAUGCGGCCCGCGAAGCAAAUGAACGCGAUUGUCCCUGGUGAUUUUCACUCAAGACAAAAUGCGGUCUCCCGGUCAAGGGUUAGCGCUUGCGUCGCCGAAGGUGGCGUCAUUGAACGGACGGCAGAGGAACCCAUAAUAAUAAUUAUCAAUAAUCGUAAAAAUGCUGCCAACGUACGGUGGGAGGAAGGUUCAAUCCUGCCGUCAAUCUGUUACGAUGUUGCGCACGAAGCACAGCGGCUAGCGGAAGCCAGCUCGAUCGGAAACUAAACAUUAGACACUAGGGCCCCACAAGGGCCAUUAGCGUCACACUCAAUGAAGGUGGAAGUGAUGGGGAUGUUUGACCCCGCGAUGUAAUGGGAAGCCUAUGUAUCGCGUACGGCUCGAAAACCUCGCGAUUGGAAAUGGAAUGGAGAGAAAAUGUUUCGCCCUGGCCGUUGGUGCUGGGUCCGAUGACAUUAACGACGAAGUCGUUUGUCUAGUGUCUAGCAAAUUUUCAACCAUGUUGCGUGAAUUUCUUUUACACCACUUCCUUAUACGGGUGUUUCGUGCCACCAGCGGUCACACAGAAACCGGACACUUAUGGGAUCCAAAGACGUGCUAUGCAGAGUGGCAGCACCACCUGCAUGAAACUUGCCACCCAUGUCAACGACACCACAACCCGCCGGUGUAAUAGUUUUGCAUUUCUUUUCGGAAAUCAAACCAUUUUCCUAACUAUUGAGGAUCGAGAGAUCGAUCGGAUCGAAAGUCUGACAUAUGUUUCGCCCAGUGUGGUCGGGCAUCGUCAUGCUUCUACACCAAUCAUCCGUGCAACCGGUUCGCAGGUAAUGGUCUAUGCGGUGUCCAUCGUAAUCGUGCAUGAAAAUAUGUUUUCACCGCGAUGGAAGUAUGCGGUACCAUUACGUAACCCUUUGCGGAACUGGUCAGAUAUGAUCGGACAGACGGUGGACCGAUAAUAUCGUACCCAUCACAAGUAACCCGUAGGCGGUGGAAAAAUAUUGCAUAAAUUUUAAUGAAUGAUCGACAGAAUAUUGUAGCAUUUACAGAAUUGUUUAGUUAUAUCUAAAUAAAUCUAAAUAAAACGUUGUUGUUCUAGGCCAAUCAUCAUAAAAUGAAAAAUACAUGCACUAGAUAGCACAAAAAUUAAUUAUGUCUCGCUCGGCUAACUGCUUUAAGCACAAUUUGACUACCGAAACUGGCUUUGUGCUGGCCACUCUAGAACCGAAAACACAAAAUCGCGCAUAAUCGUGGUCAGGUGUGACGACCUUAAUGACUUCAGUUGUGGAUUUUGUUUUUUUAUACUCAGUUAUGGGUUAAUGCAAAACGGCUAUACAAACAUUUUGACGCACUCCAGUGCUUUCAUUUGCAAAUGAUAGUUUUUCAUGUAUUAAAAUAGUUCCUUUAUUUAUUUUACUUCAAUUCCCCACUAAAUCGUACUGCAAACAGUGCACACCCCGCUUCCGACAGUGUAAACACACAUGCGACACUAAAGCUUCGUCCACUAAAUGUGUCCGCACACAACGGUUUGUAACAGUGCUUGGGAUCGCUGCGAGUUCCACUUAAACGAGUGCACAUGCGACGAACUCGCGUCACUUGCCACCAUAUCCGAUGUUUAGAUGUACCGUUUCGCACUGUUUAUAUUACGUCGGUCGUGCAGGGUGUUUAACGAUUUCGUUUCUACACUUAAUCAGUAGACGGAGCGAUAUGAGUUAGGGCACUGCCUGAAUGGUAAUUAUUUUGCCUUACUUCCGCCAAAUGGUCAUAGCAAUUUAAUAAAAAAUGAAACACCAAAGUGGAUACUGUUAUGGUAUGUUUUGGUUUAAUAACAUCCUGAAAAAUGUUCACCUUGUGAGACACGUUCUGUCGACAUAAACCGAUUGGCGUUAAUUUCCAUCCGUCCUUUCUCGUGAUCGCACCAACAUUUACGAUCGUCCCAAACGAGCAACUAAAGUAACGGAUUUCUGCUGGGAUAUUCUGGUACCCUGAGGCAAUUCAAAACACCCCGGGACAAUAGCCGGCUCCGUUAGCCAGACUUAACCCGUUUAACCGAACUUUCAAGCUUUAGUGUGCAAUCUCAUGCAAAAAUGGGAAAGGAGAAAGGCUUCAAAAAUUGACAUUUUAAGCUGUUUCCGAUUUAAACAUGCAAAGAUAUCCAAAAAAAACCUCGGACAGCACUGCACGGUAUAGAACUUUCCAACAUUUUUUGGGGUCAGCAGCUUCUUCCGUGCGUUCUGUGUUCGCAUCUUCCUGUUUCGGGCACCGUUAUACCGUGGAGGUGUGUGAGUGCGUAUUUGUGUGUUUCACGUAUUUUAUGUUAUUUGCUGCUCCGUACCCUGCGCUGACUGAUGCUAAAACCAGUUCCAUGGUACCGCUGAGUGGCAUUUUCUAUUUUGUUUUGCUAGAUGGAAACUUUUCCUCGAGAAAGAACGGUUCCGUUCUAAGAUGGACGAGUGCAAUAUCCCACUGGUUGUGGUGCCGUGACCGGGGAUGAUAGCCAACAAUGCCUAGGCAUAUGGAGUUGCUUUUGGAAUUAAUAGAUCAGUUGAAUGAUCGCUCUUUUGUGAUCUAUUAUUAUUGUUAAAUAUUUCACUCUCUUCCAAUUGAUCAUGCGUCGACCUCGAACUGGCCAGAACGAAUAACAAUAGUUCAGAAAGAAUCCACCCAAAAAAAAACAAACAAUUUUUUUGCUAACCAACGCUUCAAUCAUACGCCCCAGCACAUUUUCGCGUGCUGAUCAACCGUUGGUUAGUAAACUACACAACAGCACAUGAUGGUACUCGAGGAACUGCGCCGAGCGCGCAACUCUAUUUUCGACCCCGACGACAUCCCGAUCGGUUACGAGCGGUUCAGCGGCAAAAAUCCCAGCUGGUGGCGUCGCCGAACCGCGCUGGAAAAGGUUCUUACGCUUAUCAGCGUCGUGUGCGGAGUAGCCGUGGUGGCGUUAAUCAUAUCGCUGCUCACCGUUGUGCUGACGGACCGAAUUCAAAGUGAAAGUAGUUCAUCGUCAGCUCAACCCUUGACCGCCGGAAGACGUGGCAAGGCACUGUCCAAGCAUCCCAACGCAUACAACGGUGUCACUGAAAAGAGUGUUGAAGAUAUCUGCCUCACGCCAGGAUGCAUCCAUUCUGCUUCGAAGGCGCUCGACCAGAUGGACCAGGAGGUAGAACCGUGCGACGAUUUCUACAACUACGCCUGUGGCAAGUUUGUCAAAGAAACAACCAUCCCGGACGAGAAGGUUUCGGUAAACACGUUCUCUGUGAUUGGCGAUCGUCUGCAGCAGCAGCUCCGAUCACUGGUCAGCGAGGACAUCUCCGAUAGUGAAGCGACACCAUUCAAGCUCGCCAAGAACUUGUACAAGUUGUGCAUGAACAAAACUCGUAUCGAGGAGAAGGGAAUUAAGCCACUGUUGGACAUACUGGACGUUCUCGGAGGAUGGCCCGUACUGAAGGGAGAUAGCUGGGAUCUGGAUUCAUCCUGGUCGUGGGUAAAAUCGGUGAAAGAUUUCCGAAACAAUGGCUACAGCACGGAUUACUUUUUCGAUUUCUCCAUCGGAAGCGAUUUGAAGAACUCAACGCGCCGUAUCAUUGAUACUGAUCAAGCUUCGCUAGGCAUUAGCCGAGAGUAUCUCGUGAAGGGCAUGGAAAACCCUAUUGUUUCCGCUUACUACGACUACAUGGUUGAUAUGGCCGUAUUGUUGGGUGCGGAAGAAGAACGCGCCAAACGGGAAUUGCUCGAUUCACUCAACUUUGAGAUGGCAUUGGCUAACAUUUCACUGCCAAAUGAAAAGCGUCGUAAUGCUACCGCUCUCUACAAUCCUAUGACGGUGAAAGAGUUCCAGCAGCGCUAUUCGUACACCAACUGGUUGGAUUACUUUAACGCCAUCCUGAAGGACACCGGCAUUGUGAUUGGCGAGGAAGAAGUUAUCAUUGUGAGUGUACCCACGUUCAUGGAACAGUUGGGACCGCUGCUACAGAACACACCAAAGCGCGUAAUGGCUAAUUACGUGAUGUGGCGCAUCAGCGGAUUCUCGUCGUUCUUCUUAACGGAAAAGCUACGUAAGCGACAACUGCAGUACAGUACCGCACUGAGCGGUAAACAAGAGCAGGAGCCUCGAUGGAAGGAAUGUGUUGACAUUACCUCUGGCAGCUUGCCGAUAUCAGUCGGUGCACUAUACAUCCGGAAGUACUUCCGAGAGGACUCGAAGCGUGCCGCACUGGACAUGGUAAACGACAUCAAGAGCGUGUUCGUAGACAUUCUGAAAAAGGUCGAUUGGAUGGAUGAGGUAACGCGCGUGUCCGCGUUGGAGAAGGUUUCGACCAUGGCCACCCACAUCGGCUAUCCUGACGAAUUGAUGGACGAUGGAAAGAUUGCCGAGUACUACAAGGACUUGGAGUUCCAAUCAGAUACCACCUAUCUGAACACAAUCUUGUACAUGAACAAAUUUGGUACGACAAAAGCGUUCAAGAAGCUACGCAUCCCGGUCAACAAAACUGAUUGGAUCACGCACUCUAGACCAGCGAUCGUGAACGCUUUCUACUCGUCGAUCGAGAACAGCAUUCAGUUCCCGGCCGGUAUUCUGCAAGGUCAGUUCUUCUCGUACGAUCGUCCGAAGUACAUGAACUAUGGUGCGAUCGGAUUUGUCAUCGGUCACGAGAUUACUCACGGCUUCGAUGACCAAGGUAGACAGUUUGACAAGAACGGUAAUCUGGUUGACUGGUGGCAAUCGGACACCAAAACAGCUUAUCUGGAGAAGGCUCGUUGCAUUAUUGAACAGUAUGGCAACUACACGGAACCGAACGUGAAGCUAAAUCUGAACGGUAUCAACACGCAGGGUGAGAACAUUGCGGACAAUGGUGGCAUCAAAGAGGCGUACUACGCGUACCGCAAGUGGGCCGAAAAGCAUGGCCCCGAACCUCGCCUCCCGGGACUAAACCUUAGCCCGGAGCAGAUGUUCUGGUUAUCUGCCGCACAGACCUGGUGCUCGGUAUACCGACCGGAGACGAUGAAAAUGCGCAUCACUACGGGCGUUCAUUCUCCAGGACAGUUCCGCGUGCUCGGUCCGAUGAGUAAUAUGCACGAGUUUGCAAAGGACUUUAACUGCCCCGCGGGUUCUCCCAUGAACCCGGAGCACAAGUGUGAAGUGUGGUAGAAAGCAAGAAAAGCUACUUGCAAACCAAACCGCCUCCGGUCGCCCGGUUGAAGUGGUGCAGUGGACCCCAAGACAGUAGCCGCAAAAUAGGAGAAGAUCUUCGGAUUCGUUACUUAAUUUAUUUAGUCGUCUGUUUUGCGCUGACUGCAGCAGCACAUGAACGUUCUGAAUGAACGAACGCAACUUAUAGCCGAAUGCAGAGAUAUCCCAAUUGUUUCGGGGUGUUUCUUGUUGGUUUACUAUUAUAUAUACCCUUUUUUGUUGCAAGAGAAGAACAUAAUCUUCAACUGAUUUUAGACAGUGUGGUGGUGCCUAAACGAACUUAAUGUUAUCGUAGAUGGGAAUUUGCAUGGGUUUAGGGAUACACCGAAAAGCAAACAACGCAUGCAUUACCUUUUCCGAUGGAUAAUUCACACGGAAAAGCUACAGAUUAAUUUAAAUUCCACUUAAAUUUCGCAUCAUUUCGUGACGAAAUGGGAGCCUACAACAAAUCGACCGACAGGUAUUGUUAUGAGUAAGUUUUGCCAAGAAUAUGGGCAGCAGGAGUUUGCUUAUGAACGGGAAAAAAGAAUUCCUUGCGAUCGAGUCCUUACAUUUCUUCUCUUUGCUAUUUUUAAGUAGAUUAUACAAACUUUAAGAAAGAUUCUCAUGCAAUGAACCGUGGGUUCUUUCAUUUUAUCAACAUACAAAUAUUGCUUUAUGAUAUUACAGUGUCAUAAACUACAAAUAAACAAUCGUUUUGUACAACAAAA